CUUGUGAUACCGUUGGGCGUUGGCAUUUGUUUUGUCUCUACUCGGCAUUAUUUUCCUAAUUACCCUUCAAACACCUUUCUCCCGAUUCUGUCCCACUCCCACUCCUACUCCCACCACUAGGCUUCCCUUCCCUCCAUUAAUGGCGAUUAGCAAACCUCCCCACUUCCAUUUUCACUUCUCCCUCCUUCUUCUCUAUACUCUUUUUCACUUCUCUACCUCUCUUACCUCCAAUCCCGACACUCAACCCUUACUCUCCUUCAAACGCUCAGCCGAUUCGACCAAUUCUCUUUCCUCAUGGAACCAAUCAACUCAUUUUUGUUCAUGGUACGGCGUUUCUUGCCUUCAAAAUCGCGUUUCGAAACUCGUCCUUGAAGACCUUAGCCUCCAUGGAAAUUUACCCACUUCCUUACUAUCUCUUUCCCACCUCCGUGUUCUCUCUCUGAAGCAUAACCAGUUUUCUGGUCCUCUUCCUGACCUUUCUUCUCUUUCAUCCCUCAAACUUCUCUUCCUCUCUUAUAACAAUUUUUCUGGUUCUUUCCCACUUUCUGUUACCUCCAUUUACCGCCUUUAUCGCCUUGAUCUCUCUCAUAACAGUUUCUCUGGUGUAAUUACUCAAAAUGUUAACCGUUUGACCCAUCUUUUGACUCUUCGUUUAGAGGAAAAUGCGUUUUCUGGACAAAUUUUUGGAUUGGAUCUUCCUAACAUUCAGGAUUUUAACGUUUCCGGGAACAAAUUAUCUGGUGAAAUUCCUAAGUUUCUCGCAUCUUUUCCUGAAUCUGUGUUUUCAGACAACCUAGGUCUUUGCGGUCCGCCAUUAUUAAACUGCAAAGAAGUUUCAAACGAUCCAACAAAACCCGGAAACGACGCCGUUGCACCACCUGUAGGACCCACCACAGCAGUAAUAUCAUCUUCCCCAGUUCCCACAAUGCCGUCAAAAAUAUACCCAACCGUAAAAAAAUCGGGAAGUAAUCGGGGAAGAAUGAGCAUGUGGGCAAUAAUCGCCAUUAUUGUUGGCGAUGUUUUAGUUUUAGCUUCGAUCAGUUUACUACUAUACUGCUACUUCUGGAGAACCCAUAAAAGCAAAAGGUCAGGGACAAUUUCGGGCGGAGAAAAGAUAGUGUACUCAGCAAGUCCAUACCCGAAUGGAGUAAAUGGGUUGGAGAAACCGGGUCAAAUGGUGUUCUUCGAAGGAGGAAAGAAAUUUGAGUUGGAAGAUUUAUUGAGGGCGUCGGCGGAGAUGUUGGGUAAAGGGGUGUUUGGUACGGCGUAUAAGGCGGUGUUAGAUGACGGAAAUGUUGUUGCCGUUAAAAGAUUGAAGGAGGCGCAAGUUAGUGGGAAGAAGGAUUUUGAGCAACAAAUGGAGGUUUUAGGGAGGUUAAGACAUCCUAAUUUGGUGAGUUUGAAGGCAUAUUAUUUUGCUAGGGAUGAGAAGUUGUUGGUGUUUGAUUACUUACCUAAUGCUAGCUUGUUUUGGCUUCUUCAUGGGAAUAGAGGACCUGGACGGACCCCAUUAGACUGGACAACGAGACUAAAAAUAGCAGCUGGAGCAGCAAGAGGAGUAGCGUUUAUUCAUGAUUCAUGUAAAGCAUUGAAGCUCAUUCAUGGCAACAUCAAAUCCACAAACAUCCUCAUUGAUAAAGCUGGCAAUGCUUGUGUUUCCGACUUUGGUCUUUCAAGCUUUGUUCCUGCGUCAACCAUCAAUUCAAGAUCCAAUGGCUACCGUGCUCCAGAAACUCUAGAUGGUCGCAGGCUCACCCAAAAGGCUGAUGUCUACUCUUUUGGAGUCUUGUUGCUAGAGCUACUUACAGGAAAGUACCCAUCAAUAGUCGAGGGAAGUGGACCUUACGGUACAGUAGGAGUUGGCGGUGUAGUGGAUCUGCCUAGGUGGGUUCAGUCAGUAGUAAGGGAAGAAUGGACAGCUGAAGUUUUUGAUCUUGAGUUAAUGAGAUACAAGGACAUUGAGGAGGAGAUGGUUGGCUUGUUGCAGAUUGCCAUGGCUUGUACCUCAGCUUCUUCUGACCAACGACCAAGGAUGAGUCAAGUACUCAAAAUGAUCGCGGAGAUACGGGGUGUUGAAGUAUCACCAUCACACGAUAAUUUUGACUCCGAGUCACCUUCUGUGUCUGAGGAUACGACUGGUGGUGUGAGUCAAUAAUGACGCGAAACAGGUUUUGGGCAGUGAAUUGGAGGUAGCCAUUACGAGUUUAUCACAUAGUGAUGUAAAUUAGGUUUAAGUAGUUAUAUGCUGGUUUUGUUACAUUUAGUCCAUUAUUAAUAGUUGAUAGAGAAUUAGAGGUUAUGUUAUUGAAAUUGUAGAUGUUUUGAUGUAAAAUGCUCUUCAUGGUUGUGGUUCAAUCUAAUAUUCAGCAAUGAGCUGGUGUUUAGUCAAGAUGGCGCCUAAUGUUUAUCCUAUGUGCUUACUUCCCCUUCCUUGAAAAGACCUACAAAACUUGCUUCCUUAAGUUGUUAAGAACUAUUAUUAAUCA